AUGGCGUCGCCUUCACCUUCUUUCCUCCUCCAGCUGGUCCGGUAUGUGUCGUCCCUCCCGAGCCAGUUCAUGGGGGCGACGGCGAGGGCGCUCCCUGCAGCCUCGAGGGAAGGCGCCGGUGGGGCGAUCCGUCCGUCAUUCACCGCCCCCGCGCCGCAGCGGCCUGGCGCGCCGGCUGAGGGCGCCGGCGGCCAGGGUGGGAUCAUCCAUGAGGCUUCUCCCGUCCAGCUAGAGCAGAUGCAUGUGGCGGCAAGGGCGGCGCCUCCGAUGCAAGGCGCUGGCGGCAACAGGACCCAUCCACCCAUGGCCGGACUUAUGGGGCCACAGCGGCCCGGGGAGCCAAAAGAAGGCGCCGGCGGCCGCGGCGGGAUCAUCCAUGCGGCUUCCUCUUGA